AUGCUUCCAAAAAUUUCAAUACCUUGCCAAUCGUGGCAAUCGCUCCUAAAAUUGGUGCUGCAAAUGUUAGCUUUGUCCCAGACCAUAACCCCGGCAGGGUGGCCACCCUCCUACCGCCUGAAAGAUAGCGAAACCUUUGACUUCGUGGUAGUGGGCGCUGGUUCCGGUGGUGCCUUGGUUGCAGCGAGGCUUAGUGAGAUAGCUAAAUGGAAAGUCUUGCUCAUAGAGGCAGGAGGGGAUCCACCGUUUGGAAGUGUGGCUCCUGGUUUAUUUCCGCUCCUACCGCACACGGAGUAUGACUGGGAUUAUAAACACUAUCUUGAUCCUGGUAUAGGUCAAACUCAUCCUGGGGGAUUCUUACCUUUAGUACGCGGUAAAAUGUUGGGUGGCACGUCAUCUAUUAAUUAUGAAAUGUACGUAAGAGGAGCACCGGAAGAUUACGACAGAUGGAAUGAAAGCGCACCAGGCUGGAGCUGGGAAUCCGUCCUACCAUACUUUAAAAAAAGCGAAGGAAUGACAGACAAUUCCGUAUUUACAAAUCCCAGGAAUGCUGAACUUCAUUCAACACGUGGACCAGUAGCAAUAUCACGACCACAUAAUGAGGAAUUUGACAAAAUAAACAAUAUAGUGCUAAAUUCUUUUGAAGAAAUCGGUGUUAAGAGAGUUCUAGAAAAUAAUGGUCUUGAAAAUUAUGGAAUGUCUCUCCCUCAUUUUACGUUUGCUAAUGGCAGGCGUUAUAGUACAGCGGAAGCGUUUUUGAAACCCGCAAAAGAUAGAGAAAAUUUAUAUGUAACAAAGCAUGCAAGAGUCACUCAUGUACACAUUGACGAUACAUUACGAGCUCACGGAGUUCGAAUUACUUUAGAUACAGGGGAAAACAUAUCUGUGUAUGCUACGAAGGAAGUCAUUCUUGCUGCCGGUGCUGUCGAUACACCAAAGUUAUUAUUACUUUCCGGUGUUGGCCCUCAAGAAACGUUAGAUAAAUUUAACAUUACAGUGAAAGCUGAUCUUCCAGUGGGCAAAAACUUACAAGACCAUGCCGGUUUUACCAUUGCGUUCACUGGUCAGAACAAAUACGAUAUAGGUAAUUCGUACGACCUGUCACGUAUAGAAUCCUUUCCUGUACCAUUGACAAAUGGCUUUAUAAGUGUUAAUUCUUCUUUGUCUGACGGGUUCCAAGAUUUUUAUAACAUGAGACCGCAGCUUCAAAUCUUAAACACAUACAAGGAAGCGAUUUCUUCUAUUGAUAUAAAUAAUAGUGACUGUAAAACUCUUGAAAAUUAUGAUGAUGAUUAUUGUUUGUCAUUGGCCGAAGCUAAUUUGUUUAGGGAGGUAAAUUCUGUUUUUAUGCUUCUAUUACAUCCUUUAUCAACAGGAGAAGUUAGUAUACGAAGUACGGACCCAAUGGUAAAACCGUUUAUUAAUAUGGGUUAUUUACGACAUCCACAUGAUAUUCAAGUUGCUAAGGAGGGAUUAAAGUUUCUGACAAAUAUAGUAAAUACUUCAUAUUAUAAAGAGGCUGGUGGUGAAAUCGUAAGGGCUAAGGUUAAAGGCUGCGAGAAUCUGACGUGGGGCAGCGAUGCGUACUGGGAGUGUUAUGUCAUUAACACUGUAGGCACGUUAAUGCAUCCAGUAGGAACAUGCCGCAUGGGGCCUGGAGGCGUAGUGGACGAAAGGUUGCGAGUAUUCGGCAUCACUGGUUUAAGGAUUGUUGAUGCCUCUAUAAUGCCCGAAAUCAUAGGAGGCAAUCCUAAUGCACCGACCAUGAUGAUUGGUGAGAAGGCAGGGGAUAUGAUAAAAGAAGAUUAUGGUGAAUUAAACAUAUCCUGUGAAAAUGAAUAA